CCGCGACAACUUCAUUUUAUCUCCUCGCUUACUUCUACAACUCGCGUUCGCCCACAUACCUGUUAAAACCCAAUUCAGUGUGUGUUCUGAAAGAUCAUGUGGGCUUCCACUCCAAACUCUACUCAACCUUCAAACAAGAAGCAGAAAAGUGAAUUAUUAGGAGUGAGUUUCAAACCCGAAAACUUCAUUCCGGGCCUUGUUAUCGGUUUCAUACUUGGGUUAUUUUGGGAUUUGUCUAAACCCACUAAAACCCUUUCCAAGAAGAAGAAUUUCCUACCUGGAAAGCUUCAAGAACAAGACUUUGUUUCCUCAAAUGCUGACCAAGAACUUAAAAUGGUUUUUGUGGUUAGACAAGACCUUAAGAUGAAAUCAGGGAAGAUUGCAUCUCAAUGUGCCCAUGCUGCCACUGGCAUGUAUGCAGAAUUGAUGCAUAGUGAUCGAUCCCUUCUAAGACAAUGGGAGGAUUGCGGGCAACCCAAAAUAGUUGUUACAUGCAGGAAUCAACAAGAAAUGAAUAAGCUAAGGGAAGCAGCUGAGAAUAUUGGCCUUCCCACUUAUGUUGUUGCUGAUGCUGGUAGAACACAGGUUUCAGCAGGGUCAAAGACAGUUCUUGCCGUCGGACCUGGACCAAAAGUGGCUGUUGAUUCAGUGACAGGAAAGUUGUAUUUUCUCUAAUGUUCUUGGAGAAAUAAAUCCCCAUAUUGCCGCCCGUCCAUAUUCCUCUGUCACGAGUCUAAUCGGUUCACAACUAGUAUGUUUCGGAGGAGGACUAUCCUGUCAUGAAUUGUGGAACAAGCAAUACAACAAAUCAAAGCAGUUGGUAUAUGAGGAUAUCUAAAUAUUCAUUAGUAGUAGUAGGAAAAUACCAAUUGGAAUUGUUGCUAGAACACAAGUUUGCUCAUUUCUUAUAUGACUAUUAUGUACCCUAACCAUUGAUGUGGAUGCUUUCCCUACAAUAAGUUUGUUAGUUAUGAUCCAGUGCUAUUCGAUGGAAAUUCAGAAGGAAAUAAUGUUAUUUAUUAUUACUUA